CAUUUUCACUUUGCUAAUUGGGGGGGAAGGGUGGGUUUACCACUUGAUUUACUUACAGCUAGUAGUUUAUACGAAUCGAGGCGCGAGCCUGUCGUCGUCGUCGAUCUCGGUCUUAAUGUAAACUGUCGUCGCGCUUACACGCUUUCAGCGGCUACAGCAGUAGUAACAAUAAGUCUUCGGCUUUGCCUGCCUUAAGCUCUAGCUCCGUACACAACAGCACUUUCGAAAGGCGUCGACAAGCGGUAGCAGCAAUCGUUGACUCUCGCGCAACUGCUACUGUUGUGCAAACUAGCUAAAACCCUACAGGCGAGUUUAGCGACUCAAUGACGAUUAGCAGUUUCACUCGUAAAUAUAGCACUCGAACACCGCGGCGAGACUACACGAGAUAUGCGAGACUUUCUGUCUGACUCCCACGAGCACACAGCGAUUGGAGCACCGUGGAGAAAGAAGCUCCCAGCAGUCACCACUAGGCACCGGCAAGCACAGGCGCCCGUACCGGCAAACACGCUUUGUUGUUUGGCUAGCCCGCCAAUCUGGCGUGAAGCCAUUUGGCGCACUAUUCAAGAACAACUUGCGUGCAGAUCGGCCCGCAGAAUCCUACUUCGACUGGACUAGUUAAAACAAUUACUGCGGUUCUAGCAGUAAUCGGCGAAUGCUUCUUCGGACGUAAUUAGGAUAGUUGCGUUUCGCAAAUUGCGAAUUCGAAUUUGGCGCCGCCGUUCUGACAGCUACUAGCCCGUUUAGUUGGGGGCUAGAUACCGAAGGAAAACAUAGUCGCGGGGAGUUUCGUAGCCUUUGCAGAAAUUUUCUUACAAAAAAAAUUCGUUUGUCCCUUUUGAACUGCCAAUUGUAGCUUGUAAGUGGCUAAUAAGUAUGCGCUAUUGUUGGAUAUUGUUAUCGUUUAAUAAAAUUCGAAACCAGAUAAGCGAAGCAGCGUGUGUCGGUACUAGCGUGUUAGCUGUCCGAAGUGCGGACGAGGAUAAUUUCCUAUCCAGAUGAUCAAUGUUUUCGUGCAAAAUGACGGCGUGCAGACAAGAAAGAGUUAACGAUUGCUCCACCAAGAUGCUGACCCUUGAAACGGUCCACAAAUCGCAUCUAGAGCAACUUAAUGUUUUUGAUGCUGAUGUGACAGCAAAGUUUUGUAAGCUGGCUCUAGAAACCCUUCAAGUCCAUGGCGAUCUCGCGAGGAAUGAUGAACUCUACGGCAAAGCCGCAUCAAGAUUAAAUUCAGAUGCAGCGGUUGUUCGACAAUGUGUCGAAGCGUUAACAGCCCUAUUUAAAAUCGCUGCUCGGAGAGGUUUGGCACGGUUACAAGAGACCCUUGUCCUGACCAAUUUGUCACAAAGUCUUGUGGACAUUAUCGCUGAAAGCUAUUCAGAGGUGCACGAAGCGUUAAAUCAGCACCUUCGACUCAUUCAUCCUGUUCCGAUCUCCUACUGUGGACUCGAAUGGCGUUUGGGAGCAGUGGUAGCCUCACGAGCAGUACGAGCAACCAUGAAACCGAGAUUAGUCUUGCAGUUUAGCCUCAUGGACUGCAACGGCCAGAAUAAUAAGGUGAACGUGGAAUGCAGUGUCGAUAAUCUUCGGAAAAUGCGCGAUGUCUUGGAAGAGGCGCUACAAAUAGCAAGAACGCGCAAAAUUCGAAAACUUGCCCAUAUGCUGAUCUAGAUGUCGCAAUUUGUCUUCAGUAGCCAGAUGUUCAACCCUUCAAUAAACGCUGAAGGGGCAAUUGGGGGGCACAAAUCAAUGCUUAUAUCUCUGAAACCGCCAUGGCCUCUAUUGUCUAGGUUACCGAAACGACUAGCCAUUGCCAUGUAUUAAAAACACACAGAAGUAAUGCGUUGCAUAUCCUCUAGUCAUAAAAUAUUAUUCAUUUGUACAAAUAAAUGAAAACAUCAGGUUACAUACAAUUGCUAUGUGUCCCUCAUUAUGCGCAAGUAAGGCGAAAAACUUUACAAGAUACCGCCGUUUCAAAUAUUGAUUCUAAAUUAAUUUAGACUAAGUAGUAGUAACACACAUUCUAUUCCCUUGCAUGUGGAGGUCGUUUAAAUCUUACGCGAGAAUAAUCUAUUUUUUCUAAUAUGUGACAAGUAUCCAACUAGAUUAUGCAAUAUAUACCAAUUUGGAAAAGUUGAAAAUACUUCUGGCUUACUCGUAUACAGGGCGAGUCAAAAGUUACCGAACAGUUUGAAAAAGCUUCAUGACAAUUACAAAGUCUUCAUUACACAUGUGUUGAAGUAACGAGAGUGGAUAAAAAUGAGCGAAUUUGACUAUGCAAGAGAUUCGUGACGAGAACAUUUUUAUAUUAUUUCUAUAUUCAAAUAUUACCAUUUAUAAUGCUAUAGUGUUUAUAGAUGUUAUUUUAAAUUCAGUAGCUAUAAACAUGACUGCCCUGAUCAUUCAAAUGGUUUUAUUGAUUAAUAUCGGAAUAUUCUUUAAUAUGUUUUUACAACACGCUAUUAUAGGAAUGAAGAAAUCAUAUUGAAGUGCAGACUUAAAUCCGUUUCCAGUGAUUUUUGCUUUUUCCUGCUGCGUUAACAGACGUGUGAUGAACACUCUAUAGCUGUGACAAGUGUUCUCUCAAACAGAAGCGUGUUUCUUUAUGCUCGGCUAAUAUCUGUAGUUGAAUAAAUGUCAAGGGUCAAAUACGAUUGACUUGGAAAAUGUGCGAAAAAAUACUAUCGUAUGUUACCAUUUCACGAAUUGCUAAUCGCCAGCCAAGGCUAUAAAUGUGACUGGAAGCUAAAGCUCGUCUCUGUACUUCUAGUAAUAUUUAGACUUUUCAAACUAUAUAAUAAUAUUUCUUCUGCAUUUCCCUUCUGAAUUCUGCAGGUGACUGUUCAGUUGGUUCGGUAGACCAUUAAUCAAAUUAUAUUUUGUCGUUAUUGGAUUUAGACUCUAGCUUUUUCUGUUUGGGUAAUAUCUCUAUAAAUAAAAAGUCUAUGUCUAUAGACAGAAAUUUAUAGUUACCAGGUGUUUUACUGCCUAUGCACCGAUAAUAAGUGAAAAAUAAUAUAAGCGGCAGAUUCCAUAAAGCAUAGCACGCAUUUCAAGUAGCUCAAUUAUGCGAUAUUUGUUUAUGACUCAAUCAUUAUUCUAUGAAAACACGGUGCGAAAGAACUGGCUCCUGUCGUUUGUGUUUCUGUCGUUACAUUUAUAUUGCGAAAGGCGCAAAACCGUUGUACUCCAGCCACACUACUUCGCUCGUUUCGCAAGCCUGUGACGCAUGCAAAAUGCACAAUUCAAGUAGUACGACCUAAAUCCGGGCGUUGAAAAUCAAAGCAUCAUCUUAAAACUGAAGUCAAUUUUGGCUCAUAACCUCUGCUUCGAUAAUAUUACUCUAUAUUUAUUAACUGCAUUAUACAGAAAAGAUAUGUCUCAAGCAGAUAUGUAUAUCGAGCUAAUGGAUAGCACGGAGUAAAAUUGUCUAAGAAACUAAGGAUAAUCGAAUUUUAAGGUAAAGGCGCUAGAUAAAGGAUUGUCUAUAGCAUAAUCUGCAUCUACAGUUACUAUUCGGUUUUUGGCAGUUUCUUUUCUAAGAAAGGCCGUUGUGAAGCAACGAGUAAACUGUGGCAGCUUUCAAUGCAUUGCGGUGAGCUUCCAGGUUGGUCAGCACUAGGGGCGAAGUUGAAACUCGAGUUAAUGUGAAAAUGAUAAAGAAACUAUAUACUUAGCCUGUCAAGUAAACUCCAAAGUUAAGCACUGAUUAAAGCAAAUAAAGUUAAGCACCAAACUGAUUAAAGACAAAUUUGUAAAG